UGAAUGCCGAAGAUUUCCAGGCAGUUUCUGUGGAAUGCCUCCCCGACACCUCUGAUCGAGCACCAUAGAAACAAGAAAUUUCCUGGUCAAACCUGGGAGGACUGUGUUCUGACUGCCACAACGACCAAAGGAAGAUGAUGGAUGCCUGUGUGUUCACGGUCACCUUAUUCUCUUCCCAUUGAUGCCUCCUCGCCCCCAGGAUUCUGAAUCUUCAACCACAAAAAGUUGAGGAUCAACACUGCUAAGAAGUCUGUCAGAUGGUGUGGGAUAUGACUGUAGCAGCCACCAGUGAUGCCAGGCAAGAUGCAAAAGGUGCCACUUAAGCUGGCAUGAAAAAGAAUUUAAUGUGGAUAGACUGAACAGUCUUCAUAGGUAUUCUCUCAAAUUAGAAUUUGGCUAUUUCUGAUGUUGGGAAGCUAUCCUUUCGGCCACAAAGAUGGUAAUAAAUCUUUGCCUCCCACAAUUCAGACCGAGAAUUUACUGCAACAAGAUAUCAGCUGAUGGUUACGAAGUUGAAAAUCUCAUCUCAGAGGAUCUCACAAAGAGAAGUCGUGGUUUUAGGACAGAGUAUUUCAUUAAGCCACCAGUCUAUGUGACAGUUUCCUUUCCCUUCAACGUGGAAAUCUGUAGGAUUAACAUAGAUCUUACAGCUGGGGUAGGCCAGAAUGUCACUGGCGUGGAAAUGUACACGUCUGCCUCAUCCAGCAGGGCAUCUUGGAAUACCCCUGAGUUUCCAUGCCCAGCUGAGCCAUCCAUCCCAGACAAGGAGGCCUUCACUUUGGUAGGCAAAGUCUUGUUGAAAAAUCAAAGCCAAGUGGUGUUUAGCCACAGGGGCUUCAAGGCCAGGCCUCCUUUUGGCCCAAUGGAAGCCACACUCCCCUCCCCUGCUGUUGUGACUCAAGAACUCUGGAAUAAAGGGGCUCUUUCUCUUAGCUUUGUGGCCCAUCUCAAGAUAUGUAUCACCCACGUGACAGGCAGUGGCAUCCCUUGCAUCAGGCGGUUGGAAGUAUGGGGUCAGCCGGCCAAAACCUGCUCUCAGGAGGUGAUAGACAGCGUCCUGCUGGUUGCCUCAGAGAGCCUCCCUCAGGACUUGGCCCUGCAGGCCCCAGCCUUGCCCAUGGAGAGUGACUGUGAUCCAGGGGACCAGUCGGAGGACCAGCAGGACCUCUCCAGCUUACACGAGCUGACUGAGGUAAUUCGGGAUGUACCUGAGGAGUUCCUGGAUCCCAUCACCCUGGAGAUCAUGCCUUGCCCCAUGCUGCUGCCCUCAGGCAAGGUCAUCGACCAGAGCACGCUGGAGAAGUGUAACCGCAGUGAAGCCACUUGGGGCCGAGUGCCCAGUGACCCUUUCACAGGGGUGGCCUUUACUCCACAGUCUCAGCCCCUGCCUCAUCCCUCCCUGAAGGCCCGGAUUGACCACUUCCUGUUGCAGCACUCCAUCCCCGGCUGCCAUCUGCUUGGGAGAACACAGACUGCACUGGCAGUGACUCCUUCUGCCAUUGUUCUGCCUUCUCGGAAAAGGAAGAUGGAGCAGGCUGAACAUGCCCCAGACAGCAGCCUUGGUAUAAAUGCUUCCUGUUUUUCUACAACAAGCCUUCUGGUCUCACCCACUACCUCAGAGCACACUGCUAAGAAAAUGAAAACUGCCAGUGAACUUGGUCUGACACACAUGGACUGCUCAACAGGUCCAGUGUCCCAUGAGCAGAAGCUGUCACAAAGCUUAGAAAUUGCCUUGACGUCGACCCUUGGCUCCAUGCCCUCCUUCACAGCUCGGCUGACUAGGGGGCAACUCCAGCACCCCAGUACAAAAGGGAGCAGCACUUCCUGGAGGCCAGGCACCAGCUCGGAGCAGCCUGGGAGCAUCCUGGGCCCCCAGUGUGCCUCCUGCAAAAGACUGUUUUCUCCCUACUUCAAAAAGGAGCCUGUGUACCAGCUUCCCUGUGGCCAUCUUCUGUGCCGACCCUGCCUGGGGGAGAAGCAGCGUGCCCUGCCCAUGACGUGUUCAGCCUGCCAGCGGCCAGUCGCCAGCCAGGACGUGCUGCGGGUCCAUUUUUGAGUGAUGGGUAUCACCUGAGAAGACCUAUUGCUGGGAGGAGUUGAGGGAGAGCAGGAAUGGGGGGUCAGAGCUCCCCUGAAGUCUGGCCAGGGGCCAGGCACAGAGGAGCCUCAAGCAGGUCCCUGAGCAGCCUCUUCCUUCCCAGGGGACUUGCUCUUUGUCUCCUUCUACAGUGUAGCGCACAGGCCCAGAGUGAGGGGUCGAGAGGGGCCACGCUACUCCUGCGCCAGUGGCAACAGGAUAACAAAGCCAUAGUUUGGGCUGGGAGGGAGGGAGAUGUCCCUGCCCUCCUCUGCCUCCCUGCCACACCCCUGCCCGAGUUCAGGGCCUUCUAGAGCCAGCCCCACCUUGGGCAGGAAGAUUGCCCCUAUUGAGGGUCCCUCCCCCAAGUUGUCUGUGCACCCCCAUCGUGCAGGGUGGUUGUGAGUGGAACACAAUAGACUAGUUCAGGAGCUCAAAGUGAGCCACCCAAUAGUAGACUGUGGGGGUACGUGGGGUCUGUGGAGUAAAUGGCCCAGCCCCUCAGCCGGUAGCCCGCUCCGAGCCUUAAUAAAGCACUGGUUGAUGUCAGCUGUGCGCGUCCUCGUGGUGGGCCGUGCCCCACCUGCACCCACACGACAUGGGACAGUCAGGGCAGCCUUGAGCAGUCACUGCCUCCCUGGCAGGUGGUAAUUUGGGUCAUUGCCCAAAAAGGACAAGAAGUCACGUCAUCAGGUGUGCCUGAUGGUGGCCGGGGACGAGCGGCCUCCCUCCUCCUCGCUCGGUCAGCUGCCGCGCUGUGCCCGGGCUCCUGUCAGGAAAGCCACUUGUGCGUGGACUCUGGUUUUUUCCAUUCAAAGUUUAGUUUUAUUUAGUUUGUAGCACAUGAAUAUUGCUACAGUUCUGUCUGCUGUGUGGAUUGGAGUCUAGUCCCCCGAAGAAUACAGGGAGGAAGCACGCGGCUCCCUGUUUUCCUCUGAGCACCCCCGGAGAAGAGCACCUGUGACCCUUUGAAUUUUGUCCUGGAGAUUUCCUCUUGGGGACCUGUGCACAGGCCAUGGGGGCCUCAUGCCACCCAGGAUUCUGAGCUUUCUGCUGUCCCUCCUUGCCUGCAGCCCUGCGCUGCUGCCUGGCUGCUUCGAGGGGAGCCCUAGGGAGGGAGCCCCGUUCGUUCCCCCUUCCAUGCUUUGCGUUCGCAGCAGAGGGAACUGGAUCCCUUACACUGAGGGAAGUGGGGACCUUACUAAGAAUUCAGAUUCUUGGGCUGAUCUAAAAUUUUAGAUCUGGAGUUGGGGCUCAGGAGCCUGAGCUUUGAAGAGUUCCCAGGGGAUUUUUGUGUCCCCAGAGGUUUCUGCAGUGAGGUGAUCGUGUGUUUCCCACUACUUCCUGCUGCAGCCUCAAGGCGAUUUCAGGGUCUGCAUCACUGGGGUCUCCCCUGGGCUCCCGAGGCUCCCCUUUGCCCUUGGCUUUAUGGGUCUGGGCCAUUCCAGGCUCUUGCUUUACCCUCCAUGGGUGCUCUGUUCUUAGAGAAGUGCUCUGUAGCCAAGUAUUGCUGCUCCUGCGGGUGGGGAGGCUCUUAACCUCAGCCUGUCUGGCCUCAGGGUGGUGGCUGGCUUUCCGCUGGCAGGUUGCUACCAUCUCUGGAAGGUGUCCUGUGGAAGGUGUCCUGUCUGCCCCACCAGAGCCCAAGGCAGUUUCUUUUCCUAUGAAAAUGGGAAUAACAUUUCUCUUGCUACCAACUAGGCCCAGAGGAUAGUUUAUUUCUUGCUGGAGCCCGGGCCGGCAUAAAGCAGCUAACCAGUGAACGUGCUGAGCUGACUCCAUUGACUGGGAAGUCUCAGAAUCUCAGAGCCCUGAGGUGACCCUGCUGCCCCCAUCCUGGCCACAGGGCCUGGGGCAUGUGCCUUCACGUCUCCUGUAUGAUUUACUCAAGCCUGUUUGAGGUGCUCAGAGAGCAGAGGCUGGGCCACGGCAUCCUGAGGCUUUUCAAGGCAAGGCCCCGGGGAUAUCUCCGGAAUCGGGGAGGCCUUACUCCAAGUCCUGGCUGUCCUUCCUGUGAGGCCAAGACCACCCCAGCCCAGGCCUCUGUGUUCUCACAUUGCAGCUGGGUGGGUUCUUUCUGGUUAUUCUUGGCCUCUAGCAAGGGAGGCUCAUUAGAUGUCCUGAAGAUAGAAGUAGAAGAACCAAAUGGCCAGGAAGAAGAUGAGCAUGUGCUCAGUGCUCACAGCCUGGUCCAGCUCCUGGCAGCACGGGGGACCCUGUAGUACCUGGGUCUGGGGGCCCGGUAGAUCCCCCUAUGCCCACACCUGCCCUGCCUCCUCCUUUGGGUUUCCAGCUUGAGGCCACCCAGCAGCUGGGUGCUUUUCCAUUCCCUGCCGCUGCCCAGGCUGCUGUAAGUAGGUCUGCAGACAAAGGGACCUGCUCCUGGAGGAAAACACCCGCAGUUUCCAGGCUGCCGCUCCCCUCCUGCUGGCCACGCUAUUGUGAUGCUCUGC